AUGAAGGUUCCAUGGUCUAAAGCCUUCAAGGAUGGAGAUGUGCGGACGUUCCUGGGGAAAUUCGAGGACUUUGCGGAACUGGCGGGAUUACGGUCGGACCGGGUUAAGUUGACGGCCCUCCGAACACUUCUCAAGGACCGGGAGCGGGCGGUGUUGGGUGCGGCGCGGAGAGGCCCGGAGAAGGUGAUUUGGGCGGCCGUGAAUUACGCUCUGAUCGCGGGUUUCGACACCCCGGGCAACCGCCAGUAG